AUGGCGGCGACCAAGAAGCAGCCCUGGCGUGGCGCCGCCCCGCUCUCCACUGCCUCCUCCUCCUCGGCGUCCUCCUGGCCCUGGGGCUCCCGCAUUGCGCCGUCCCGUGCGCGGACGCACGGGACGACGAAGAAGAAGAGGGGCCGGGGCGGGAGCGGGAGCGGGAGCGGCGACGCCGUGGUUGUCCCGGCGAGGAGGUCGUCCGUCUACAAGGGCAUGACUAGGCACAACAUCUCAGGGAGGUACGAGGCGCACCUGUGGGACAGGCAUUGCCGGAGCACGGCCCAGGGCAGGAGAGGCAAACAGGGAUGUUACAAGACAGAAGAGGAAGCAGCUCGCACCCAUGAUCUCGCGGCGCUCAAGUGCUGGGGUUCAGAUUGCGGGCUCCUCAACUUCCCAGUGGACACGUACAGGCAGGAGCGCGAGAGGAUGCAGCGGAUGACACGGGAGGAGUACCUGGCGAGGCUGAGGCGCAACAGCAGUGGCUUCACAAGAGGCGUCUCCAAGUACAGGGGAGUUACAAGGUGUUCAACAACUUAUUGGCACCGCACGCAUCACGCGAACGGCCGGUGGGAGGCGAGGAUCGGUCACUCUGCCGACACGCAGUACUCCUACUUGGGAAUUUUCGGUGUGUCCCUGAACUGGCACUUUCUGAAAGGUGUCUUGUGCUUUGGCAUUUUCCCUCCAGAUACCCAGGAGGAGGCGGCCAGGGCCUACGACCUCGCCGCGAUACGAAUCCGCGGCCCCGGCGCUGUCACCAACUUCGACGCCGACUGCUACGUGGACAUCCCGCAGCCGCUCCCCUGCAAGCCCGAGCCGGACCCGGAGCCGGCCGCGGCCCGUCCAUGCCCGCCGGCGCCACUGCCGCCGCCCAAGAUCGAGCCCAAGGACGAGCCGGAGAACCACUUCGAGUUCGAGCGCGAGCCGCCGCCCGCCCCGGCGCUCCGCGACGACGCCGACCACGUGGACCGCGCCAUCGCCGAGGUCCUGCAGGCGCUCUGCGUGGACCGCGCCGCCUUCGAGGCCAGGUACCCGCCCCGCCGCGCGCGCGUCGCCGCCCCCGCCGGCGCAGGGUGGCCAACGCCGUCGGGCUCGGACGACCUGCCGGUGCCGGGCGACGCGGGCUUCUUCGAGGACGACAUCGAGAGCGUGCUCUUCGACGCGCCCGGCGACGCCGAAGUCCCGCGCGCCGCCACCGCCACGAUCAGCUCGCUGGCGUCUGGCCGCUGGUGGUGA